AAGAAACUCACUAUUAACUCAAUUAACAAUUCGCGUAUUACUGUUCAAUAUAACUCACGAUGAACAAUGACCUAACACAAGGUAGUCGCUCGUACUUUUACUAAAGGCCGUCUCGUGUAAAUCGAUCCUAUUCUGUAAUUAUCUCGCAUCGGCAAAAAAUUGCGCGCACGCAACCCUUUGUACCGAACUUUGAACUGUGCUGCGACAGAAACGCCGCUGUGACAGAGGUGAUUCACGCAGACGCGAGAGCGUGCAUAAUGCAAACUGACAGGUUUCGUCGUACUUUUAUCUGUCAGUUGCGAUCGUGCGACCGCUUCGCAAACAAGUGAAAGGGAAAAUCGGGUUUUCCCCCGGCUCGUCCAUACGCAUGCCAUGAUUGAACGCACGGAUUUACGGAAUUCCAAUUAUGAGAACGACAUUAGAUACACCGUGCAGGUGCACAAACUGAUCCUGGGACUGAUUGGUGUAUGGCCGAACCUGGAGAAGUCCCGGAAACAAACGAGAUUUCUAAGGGGAUUCCUUAGAAUCGUAUGCUGCUUCCUGUUAUGCUUCAAUCUGAUACCGUGGAUGCUGCAUAUGUUUCUAAUCAUGGACACGUUCAAGAGCCGACUCAGGAUGACUGGCGCACUUUGCUUCUACAGUAUGGUAUCUGCCACGUACUGCGCGCUGAUGUUACGGGAGGAUCGUAUCAAGGAAUGUAUGAGACACUUGCAAGAGGACUGGCGAAAUGUACAGGACGCGAACGAUCGCAGAAUCAUGUUGGACAACGCCAGAGCCGGGCGUUUCAUCCUUAUUUGCACCACAUUAUUCCUAUUCGUCUGUGGUUUCACUUACCGUCUGAUUCAGCCAAUAGUCCGCGGCAAGAUCGUAAUCGGAAAUGUGACUAUCAGACCGCUGGUGCAGGGCAACUACUUUAUCUUUUUCGAUCCGCAGCGGAGUCCUGCUUACGAGAUCGUGUUUUCGAUGCAUUUGGUGAGCGGCAUUCUCAUAUAUACCGUAACAACCAGCGUCUGCGGGAUCACCGCAUUGUUCACCAUGCACGCUUGCGGACAACUCAAGUUGUUGGCUGCUUGGUUGGAGAACUUGGCGAACGAAGAUCAAUUGUCGAAAGAUCGCGCCGUUGCUGGAAGGCUGGCGGCGAUUGUCGUACAUCACGUGAGGAUACGUAAAUUUUUACAUCAGAUACAAGAAGUUGUAGGAGAAAUGUGUUUUAUUGAAAUUAUUGGAAGUACUUUAAUACUGUGUCUCUUGGGGUAUUACGUGAUAACGGGAUGGGAACGAAACGAUGCACUAUCCUCUGCGACAUAUGCCAUAAUGCUCGUAUCUUUCACUUUCAACAUUUUCAUAUUAUGUUACAUUGGGGAAGUUUUAAGUAGUCAGGGGAGUAAAGUAAACACAACUUGCUGCACGAUCGAUUGGUAUUGCUUACCUAGUAAAGAAGCUCGUUGUCUUGUCUUAGUAAUUGCCAUGGCUAGAUAUCCUACGAGGCUCACGGCGGGUAAAGUAAUCGAUCUUUCAUUCAGCAGCUUUGGCGCCGUUAUUAGAACCGCGAUGGCGUAUUUAAACUUGUUGCGGACAGUCACUCUAUGACCGCAUAAAUGUUAUAUUAUAUAGGAGAAAACUUAUUACCUUAUGCAGUACAAGUGUUUGUAAAUUUCGAAACUUUAAAUAGCAUUCAUGCAGAAAUUCCGUCUUUAAUCUUCAGAGAUUUUUACCAU